AGCACGGCCUCAACAAAGCCAGAUUUCAGAGCCACCGCUUAGAAGCAACCUUCUAUUUAUUGAGCAUGAAAGAAGCAUGACAUGCCCACCUCGAGACAGAUAACUCCCACUGAACGGAAACCACAUCGCUCUCGUUUGAUAGAGGGAACAAGAUUCCUCCCUCCCUGGAAAGCAGGAGGGAAGAGGAGGAGGAGGAUUAGAAAUGCCUUGAGCAUCAUCGCAUUUCAUGUCCAGGUCUCCCACGGGACAUGAAUGGACUCAUCUCGAUUCCUGUUCAGAGGGCAGUGCAGAGUAGAAUCUGCGGUUCGAUUGACUCGUGGGAGGAUGGGUUUGAGGUGAUGUCGUAAGGACAUGUACAAUGAGACUCUCGUUCUGAUUCUGUGCCCAGUUCACGUGGACUAUUUAAAGAUUCAGGGCGGGCUGUUCGAGGGAUCGGAGGGAAUAUUGAUAUUUUAUGUGGCGGAGGGGCAGACCAGAGAGCUUAAGUGUUGAGAUCCUGGCUGUUGUCCCCUUGUGGUCGUAACCUCUCUCUGUGCUGAGAGUAUGGCAAAACUUUCAGCACCUGAGAAGGUGAAGCUGGCGAUCACGCCCUCGUGGCCGAUCUUGUGCGUGGGGCUGUUUCUGCUGGCCUUGAUCAUUCAGAAUUCCGACUCUGUCGAUCGAUUCUUCGUGACGAGCUACAUCCGCCACACUCCUCGAGCCGAGGCGCAAGAGAUCGCCGACACCGCUCACGUGCCGGCAGGCACCGCCACUCUCGACGAGAAGAGCGAUGGAACGAUCUUCGCUGCAGAUUCGGGUCCUCCUCCUUCGAAUCCCCCUCCGCCCCCUGCUCCCGUCAUCGACGAGCCGUCCAAGGACCAAGACGUAGUGUUCAAGGAUGACUCGCAGAGCGCCAUUCUCGCGCAGCAGCAGAAGAACGAGGAAGAGGAGAAUGCCAACCUGCGCACGGACGACGACGAUGACACGGCGUUCGUGCCUUCCGCGGGAGUGCAGAAGCUGGUGGAAUUGCUGCGCCAGGCGACGCUCGAGGCCUCGGGCGGCGAGCCGGUGGAGUUCACGGAGGCGGACAGGAAGGCGUGGGACGAGCAGCAUCCGUGCCGGAGUCGAGGCGAGCUCAGGUCGUUGUACGCGGAGCGCAAGCACAUGAAGGACGUGCCGAUCAACCGGCAGUGGAAUCUGGUCUUCUCGGAGUACGAGAAGCUCCAUCGCACCUGCACGUCGAGAAUAGGCGAUCUGCAGCGCUACUUCGAGUCGAAAAACACGUCUUCGGGGUGCAAAUUCCUCGUGACGGAGCCGCACUUUGGCCUGGGCAACAAGCUCUUCCACACCUCGUCCACCCUGAUGCUGGCGAUCCUGACGCAGCGCGUGAUUCUCAUCCCGAAAGCUACCUCGAUUCCGGCCUUGUUCUGCGAACCAUUCGCCGGGUCGUCCUGGGGAAUCGACGAUGCCUUCCACAGCCUCAUCAAGGACGGCCGCAAACCCUCGGAGCAGUUCUUCAAGCAGGUCGAUCACGACAGGACCGUCGCUCGCAAGGCCAAAGGCACGCUGGGCAACAGUCUGUACGCAUCGGCGAUGAAUGACGAGUGGGUGGGUCCAGAGCCGAGGUUCUGGUGCAACACGGAGCAGAAGUACAUGAGCUCUGUCACGUGGUUGACGGUGAGCGGAUGCACGCUCUUCGUGCACAAGCUGAUGGCGAUCGACAUGUUCCGUCGGGCUAUGGAGGAUCUGUUUCCGCAGAAAAUCGUGGUCACGUACCUGCUGCGCUCGGUGCUGCUGCCCACGGAUCCGGCCUGGGAGCGAAUUCUGCACGUGAACGAGGUCUAUCUGGCGGGCGCGCAGAAGCAGGUCGGCGUGCAGGUGCGAUUCUUCCAGGAAGACGAGGAGUACAAGUUGAAGAACGAACAGAUCAACAAGCGCAUCACGAAAUGCAUGUGGGAACACAAAAUCCUGCCCGAAGUCUGCCCCGCCAAUCCCCACGACAAAGCUCUGGCCGAUCCCAAAUUCGCCGACUGCAACCACAAGCUCACGGCCGAGGAUCACCAGAACCCCAAAGUGCUCAAGGUGCUCAUCGGGUCGCUCUUCCUGGGGCUACACGACCACCUGAACGACAUCUACCUGCGCCACGAGAUGACCACCACCAAAGAGGCCGUGGGCAUCAUUCAGCUCACCCACGAGCUCAUCCAGGGCGACGGCCAGGAAGUGGACACGCAAGCUUUGGUCGAGAUUAUCAGCCUCAGUAUGUCUGACAUUCUGCUGAUCACGCCCAUGUCCACAUUCGGAGGGGUGAUUCACGCCUACGGAGGUCUGAUCCCCUGGUUCAUCGAGUUCGGCCCCGAGAAGGAUCCGGCCGUGGUGUGCGAGAGAGGCAAGGGCAUCGAGCCCUGCUACAUGGGCGCCAGUCAGUACUACGAGUGCAAGUAUGAUGAUGCCGGACAGCAGAAGAUUUCGGACGUGGUUCCUUACCUGCAGGAUUGCUUGGCGAUCGAUGUGGGAUACGGAUACAAGCUCAACAUGAUACCGGAAGGAUACGGAAUGCAGAUGACCCCGGAGAAUUCCAAGGAUCAGGACUUUUCUAUAGACUAAUAAUCCGUCCAGUUGAUGUUUGCUUACACUGGCCAUGUUUGCGACCUGUAUAUAAUUGGUUAUGUCUAAAUGAAAGAGCCACGGCCAGCACCCAGCACCCAGGGCCCCAACCCCCACACUCCUCGGUCCAUACCAUCAUCAUGACAGUUCGUCUGCAAUUUCUCACAAUUUUCGGCAAAGAAUUGCUCGGACUUACUCGUGCUCGGGCUUCGGUCGAGAAAUCGAUGGAUCAGACUUCUGACAUGGAUGAUGCUGAUUCUCCGAAGUUCGUUCACCAAUUCUACCAGCUCUUCAAGCAGACCGGUCCUGAUGCCUACCUUGGCACCACUUUUGUCGGAUCAUCUCUUGUUUGCAGAAUUUCUGGGCGGGGAAUGCAAUUUAUCGAUGGAGGUCGGUUGAAUUAUUUGGUCGAGAUUUUCAUCCGGGAAUGCAGUUGAGUGACAGACAUAGUUUUAGUGAUUGUCAUUGAUGAGAGCAGCAACAGAUUCCUGAGUAUCGAUCAGUCGAUGGGACGGAAUUCUUGUGGAUCCUCUAGAGGAUUGAGAUGCCUCACUCAUCUCGGAGCUUUAGGAUCGAGAUGGUGAUGCAAUUUAGCAGUGAACUAUUUAUCGGCUCCAUGGUUGGGGCUCGGAAAGGAAGAGCUAACGUCUUCAGGCUGAAACGUGCUCUAUAUCAUCAUUGAAAGGUGGUCAGGUUCCAAAGGGAACCGUAAACAGGUGGACGAACAGGGUUUAUGAUGUAUAAAGAUUCAGGCGAAUCCCAGCUGGACGAGAUGUGUCUUGGGCAGAGGGAGGGCCGGCAUAAAGUGGGGAUGAUUGAUCGAACUGGGACGAUGGACCCAACAAGUGGUCCAAGGCCUCUUGUUGUGGCCUUGGACCCGAGGCCACUUGUGGUGAUGUCGUUCAUAGACCUCGUGCCGAAUCCGUGAGCACGUGGAGAGUACUUUAGAUGAGCUGAUGGGGGCCCGGGAGAGGCUCAAGGAACGCAGAAAACAUUACAAUUUGGUAAAGUCUAGACGAACAUUGUUCAGAUGAUCCUUGUAAUCUUUAGUUAGUAUAUUUUUUGAAAGCUCGUGACAUGUCUCAGACGAUCGAUCUUUCCAUAGAGGUCCGCACGGAGGUGACAAAGUGGAGUUGGGUUCCGGUCCAAACAUGAUUCUUCUGUGCGAUGAUUGGUGCCCUGAUUACAGUAUUUAUUUUUUGAUGUAAUAUAGAAGCAAUGAUGUCCGAAAGUGACGACA